UAAAAAAAAAAGACAGUAAAAUACGACAUCACCAGCUGACAUGUGAACGUAAGCUACCCUUGCAAACGCGUGCUGUAGAAAAACAUAGCAGGCGCGACGUUCAGUUAUAAAUGAUAGAUAAUGUAAACAUAAUUGCUGUACUAAACUUCCAGCAGCAUUACCAUGGGCGCGCUUUGACUCCGCGCCAUUUCCUUCACAGCCAAGAAAAGUUGUCCGCGAGGAUAUUUUGCAUGCACGUAGCACUCAUGACGGCAGCGAACGACAGAACUCUGCCUUAUCUAUACCACCAAGCCAAUUGAGUGGAGCAACUAUGGUAUUUUUUUUCACCAAAACGCACUUCGCAUCUUUCGAAACGCUUAAAACCCUCUGCGUGCUUGUCCUGCUUGCGAUGCCAGUAUUGUGACCGCAUGACGGCGUGGCUUUGGCUCGAGCGUCUGCGUAAGUGCUAUCCCAAUAAAUGUAGCCGUAGAGAGUAAACUUAACCUCGCCGCAUCUGCAGCCAGGUGAAUACGCGUAGAGCGCUCGAACAACAGACAUUCAAGUUUUAAAAGAAAAAAAUGAAACCCACCGCAUUUCGAUAUGAACACGUAUGUUAGCACUUUUGCUCUCGCAAAAAAAAAAAAAAAAGGAACGAAUGGAUCAUUCAACGUGCAGGUGUUCGCGCCACUAGGUGACAUUGACCUAUUGAAGAACAAGUAUGGCGAUCAGGAUAAGGGCGUGGAAAACAGGCCAGUUUUCUGUGCCACCGAAGUCGAAGCUUCGUACGGUGUUCUCCUGACGUCGGUCUACGUGGCGACGCGCCUGACGCUACAGGCACGAAUGCAAGUGAACCGCACCCUGACCUACAUCAUCAACGCGGCCGUCAACGGAGUCAACCGGCUGUCGUGGGGAAAUGACCCAUCACGCACGGCCGUCAUCGCGAAACUCAACAACACUCGCGUAUCUCUCUGGCCUCCGGACUUGCUGCUCACGUGGCGUGGCCUCAACGAAAUGUACGCCACCUUCGCGCCGCACAAGGACUCGGUCGCCGAAUACUGGGUGCACGGGCACGAACGACUCCGGCAGCUGGCCGAGCAACCUCGCUACUCGCAAGCGUUGGCACUGCGACCAAACUUCGUGCUCCCAUUGUUCGCCUACGACUACCUGCUCAACAUGGUGUCUAUCGCCGUGACGGCGUUGGCGAGGCCAGUCUUCUACGCCCAAGGAACAGCCGCCGUGGAUCACGGAGGCCUGGGCUUUGGCUUCGCCAGGGAACUGGUCAAAGCUCUGGAUAGCACGGGUCUCAUGUGUCUGUCAACAAACCUGUGGGUGCAAAUACUCAGCUCCCAAAUUUGA